AUGGAUGCCGAAUUGCUUGCGAAUAUGGACCGAUGUCCCGUGUACGCCUCCUUCUUUGGCGCAAUUGGGUGUGCGUGUUCCAUCGUCUUCACAACAUUCGGCGCAGCAUACGGCACCGCAAAGUCCGCCGGCGCAAUCUUCCAAUCUGGCAUCCUCCGCCCCGACAUGAUGAUGCAAAACACCUUGUGCGCCAUCAUGGCCCAGAUCCUGUCUAUCUACGGUCUCGUAGCAAGCGUCAUCAUGUCAAACAACAUCAAGGAGAAGAUGGCUAUCCACACGGCCUUCUUGCAGCUCGGUGCCGGCAUUUCCGUAGGGCUGUGCGGCAUGGCUGCUGGCUUUGCUAUUGGCAUUGUUGGUGAUGCUGGAGUUCGUGCAAGUUCGCAGCAACCGCGUCUCUAUAUCGGAAUGGUCCUCAUCCUCAUCUUUGCCGAGGUCCUAGGCUUAUACGGUGUCAUUGUGUCCAUCCUUAUGUUGACUCGUUCCACCGAUGGUGUAACCGAAUGCAGGUAUUGA